CUGGGUGAGCGUUAGGAGCUGCGCUGUGAGUAGGCUAUUAGCACAGAGACUUUUAGGAAAUUGCUGCAGCUUCACCUGGCACGUGCGCACAGUACUAUCCCUCUAAAGACGGGACACUUUAGCAGAUCUGGGCGGGCCGGGACAAAGAGAGGGACGAGGGGGAGGGUUAAAGAGGAGGAGAGGUGACAGCGACGGGGUAGAGUGUUAGGAUUCAAACACAUCAGACCGCAGAAGAGAGCCACCGAACAAAUCCACUGAGGGAAAGCCAGCAGUGUCCGCAAACUUUGAAGUGAGAGAAAACUAAGAGCUGAAGAGGUAUUUCAGACAGCACUGUCCUCCAGCAGUCAGAAGUGUGUGUGUGUCAGAUGAUGGCACCGCAGGUCGUCAGCUCACCCUUCCUGAAGCCAUUCUUUCUGAAGACGCCGCUGAGCGUGGCCAGUUCUCGACGGCAGCGACGACACACGUUACCUGCUAGCGAGUUCCGGAAUCUCACCCCACAGGACGCCAUUAGUGUGUUUGAGAUAGAGAGAGAAGCGUUUAUCUCUGUUUCUGGUGAAUGUCCACUCACCCUUGAUGAGGUGCUUAGUUUCCUGGGCCAGUGUCCUGAGCUCUCGAUGGGAUGGUUUGAAGAGGGCCAGCUGGUGGCUUUCGUCAUUGGAUCUGGCUGGGACAAAGAUAAAUUAAAACGGGAGGCCAUGACCACACACGUCCCAGACUCUCCCACAGUUCACAUCCAUGUGUUGUCUGUGCACCGCCACUGUCGGCAGCAGGGCAAAGGCUCUAUCUUGCUUUGGCGCUAUCUGCAGUACCUGCGCUGUCUUCCCGGUCUCCGCCGAGCCCUGCUGGUCUGUGAGGAGUUCCUGGUGCCCUUCUACCAGAAAGCUGGCUUUAAGGAGAAGGGUCCCUCGGCCAUCACUGUGGCGGCUUUGGCCUUCACAGAGAUGGAGUAUCAGCUUGGAGGCCUGGCUUAUGCACGACGAAACAGCGGAUGUUAGUUUCUUUAGCUCAUGAAAUCCUGAUUCAGGACACCAUGUGUAGAUUCUGGAUGGCUCUUGGCAGUCACAGGCUUAAAGCCCUACUACCACCUGAGCAAGGAACCAGAGACUUACCUAUGCACUCAUUUACAGAGAUCGAAGCAGUUACAUUUGGGUAUAUGAAGGCUAAAGAUGUUGGUUGUUUACAGCAUUUUUUUUUCUCUUGUACUGCCCAAGAUACACUGCACACUUUACUGGUCAAAACACAGUGGUUGCUUUUAACAAUUAAUAAAGAGAUUUUUUUAUUU